AGAUAUGGGAUCUCGAAAGUUUGCUGAGAAUAUUCCGGAUAUCUUCUCUCAAGAAGAAAAAGAAGAAGCUCUAGGAGCUCGAGGAGCAGAAAAUUCAAAUUCCACGGAGCUUUUGAGUUGGAUGAGAAACGAUGAAAUUGGACGGAAUUCUGUGAUGGAUGGACCAUUUGGAGCAAGAAAAGGAUUCCACUCGCUGAAACAUCCCUGAAGACUAUCAUGAAAGUCUAUGAGCAUUCUAGAAAAUUCAAUACGGUGCUUCUGAAAAUUCGCAAUGAUUGGUUGUUUCAAUUCGAAAUAGAUAAUGAACGCUUUGAAUUCGGGAGAAAAGGUGAAGGAUGGCUGCCUUUGAUACGUAAAAAUACUGCUUUAUUCGAUGAUGAUGGAUUCUACAAAAUUUACAAUUUUUUAUUCUACAUGUAUAGCGAAAAACAAAAAUCAUUGGAAAACCUAACCGUCUCAUUUUUCCACUUGAACUCUGCCGACUCAAAUGGACUGGGUGCUUCUGUCCUCGAAACUAUUUUGUUUCAAAUCGAGAGUUUUACGAAAUUGUUCAAACUGACGAAUGUGAAAAUGGAUGGCCUUACAGUGACAGAUUGUAUACGUCUGUUGAAAAAAUUUGAUCGAGAUUUGUUGGAGAAUAUAUUGAUGAAUUAUUGUAAAAAUCAAAUGGAAGAAGAUGAAUUCAAAUCGUUGGCUGAGGUUGUAAAUGAAUUUAAUUGCUUGAAUUCCAUGGAAAUCGUAGGAAUUGUUAGACCAGACAAGAAUGCUGCGACAUCUUCCACCUGGGACAAACAUUUCGAUAAUUCGAAAUAUGAAGUUAAAACCACGGAUUACUCGUGGAAACUGUUCAGAAAUAAAUUCUCCAACUCAACUCACCAACACAAAGCUCAUCUGUACUGAUCCACUUCGCUAUUAAUAUCAUCGAUAUCCUUCUGAAAAUUAACCUAUUUGAAAUUAAAUUAUUUUUUCCCAUU